GGUAUAGCAAAAAAAGAAAAUAUCGUACAAAUUUCAGAAGAUAUUUAUGUAAGUAACAAAGAAGGAAAGUAAGAUUCUUUAUUAGCUAUAUUUGGGAAGAAACCCCUUUCCUUUCUUGCAAAUUCAGCCACACCAUUCUAAUCAGUAGAGAAAGAUUAAUCAAUGGCUCGACAGAAGAUAAAGAUAAAGAAAAUAGACAAUGCAACAGCAAGACAAGUGACAUUUUCGAAGAGAAGAAGAGGAAUAUUUAAGAAAGCUGAGGAGUUAUCAGUGUUGUGUGAUGCUGAAGUUGGUCUUAUUAUUUUUUCCACAACUGGGAAACUCUAUGAGCAUUGCAGUUCAAGGUACGUACGUAUGAAGGACAUAAUUACAAGGUAUAAUCAGCACUCCAAACAAAUCAACAAAUUGGACAAAACUCUACCACUGCAGGUAGUGAAAAGCAUGUCAGCUGAAUUGCAAAAGGAAUUUGCUGAUAAAACCCAACAACUAAGGGGCUUGAAAGGAGAAGAUUUUGAAGGGUUAAACUUAGAUGGGUUGCAGCAAUUGGAGAGAACACUUGAAACCGGACUCAAGAGUGUGAUUGAGAUGAAGGAAAAAAGAAUAAUGAAUGAGAUUGGUGCACUUCAGAUAAAGAGUAUCGAGUUACAAGAGGAGAACAAUCAUUUAAAGCAAAAGAUGGCUAUGCUUUUUAAGGGAAAAAGUCCUCUCUUGGGAAACUUGGAUGUGUCAUGUGAGUCCAUGAAUAAUGUAUGCAGCUGCAAUAGUGGACCUUCUCUUGAAGAUGAUUCAUCUGACAUAUCUCUUAAAUUAGGGUUGGCGUUUCCUUAAAUAAAUGGUGAUGAUGGAGCAACGAGGCAUGAAUUCUAACUUCUUGCAAGUAAAAUUUUGUCUUGCUUUUCAAAAAUCAUGACUAUGAUCUGAUUUUGUGAUGGUAACUGACCGUUACGUUGAAAUUGUUUUUUUUUUCAUCAGGUGAAAGCAAUAACUUCUUAUAUAUGAAAGCUGAAAUAACUCUGUAUAAGUUAAAUCAAAUAUAUACU